CAGGAUACUUGUUUCAUUUCCUCUGAUUAUUCCAGCUUGUGAAAAUGGAGCGUUUAUCUGCAGCAAACACACAGUUCUCUCUAAACCUGUUCAAGAAGAUCAGCGGAGGAAACACCUCAAAAAAUGUGUUCUACUCUCCGAUCAGCAUCACUUCGGCUCUGGCCAUGGUGUUGCUCGGAGCAAAAGGAAACACAGCGGCGCAGAUGUUUAAGGUCUUGAGCUUUACCAAUCCUCCCAAACCCGGCGCCGCAACUCCAGCUCCUCAUGUUAAAGAGGACCAAAUUCAUUCCAGCUUCAACAAGCUCAUGAGUGAACUGAAGAAACCAGGAGCCCCGUAUGUGUUGAGUCUUGCCAACCGCCUCUACGGAGAGCAAUCCUACCAGUUUGUUGAGAAAUUCAUUAAUGACACAAAAAGAUACUAUGAAGCCAAACUGGAAGAGGUGGACUUCAAGAAGAAAUCAGAGGCUGCGCGUGUCGACAUCAACAAAUGGGUGGAGAAAAAAACACAAGGAAAGAUCAAGGACUUGCUCCCACAGGGAUCCGUCGAUACAAUGACGAGACUGGUCUUGGUGAACGCCAUCUACUUCAAGGGGAACUGGGAGAAGAAAUUCCCAAAGGAAGCCACCAGUGAUGGACAGUUUAAGCUGAACAAGACUCAAAGUAAACCAGUGAAGAUGAUGAAUCAGAAGGCAGAGUUUCCUCUGGCUUUAAUCCCAGAGAUGAACAGUCAGGUUCUGGAGCUGCCGUAUGUCGGGAAGAAUCUCAGUAUGUUGAUCAUACUUCCUGAAGAGAUUGAAGACGAAACCACUGGCCUUCAGAAGCUUGAAAAGGCACUGACCUACGAGAAGCUCAUGGAGUGGACCAAACCCAGCAAGAUGCGUCGACAGGAAGUCCAAGUAUCUUUGCCCAGAUUCAAAAUGGAGGAAACCUAUGACAUGAAGAGUCUUCUGAUCAGCAUGGGAAUGGAGGAUGUGUUUGAUGGGCAGAAGGUGAAUCUUUCAGGCAUGUCGCCUAACAACGACCUGGUGGUGUCAAAGGUGAUUCAUAAAGCCUUCGUUGAAGUAAACGAGGAAGGAACCGAAGCGGCUGCAGCCACCGGUGCUGUCAUCGCCAUACGUUCAUUUGCACAGAUGUUCAUUGCAGACCAUCCCUUCCUUUUCUUUAUCCGACACAAUCCCUCCAAUAGCAUCCUGUUUUACGGACACUUCUGUUCUCCUUGAAGAUGGUAAUGAUGAAGUGAU